CUCCGUCGUCCCAAUCAUUCGGAAUUUCCCCUUCCUCCUCUUCCCCUUCUCCGCAUCAUCCAUCACCCAUGGCGGUUUCUCUCUUUGCCCCUCCCCUUCCCCCUUUCUCUCUCUAGAUUCUCUCUCUCUCUUCCCCUUCUCCUUCAUCGGAAAUUACUCAAAUCCCUAAUUCGAUCCGUUUCCAUGGCGAUCGUGACGGGAGAUCGCUAUCUGGAUAAACUGGUGCAGUUCCUCGAAGAGCAAGCCGAGUCUCUCAUCGAAGAGACCAAGGUUCUCAAGCUCAACCCCGCGGGACUUCACUACGUUCAUCUCCGCCUUGAGGCUCUCCAUGAACUCGAGCGCAUGCUCUCUGGUGCUCCCGUCGACUACCUCCGCGCCUACGUCUCCGACCUCGGCGACUUCCGUGCCCUCGAACAGCUCCGCCGUAUCCUUCGCCUCCUCACUUCCCUGAAGGUCGUUUCCACGCUUCCUCCGCCUAUGCGUGAUCCCACGCCUCUCUCCCUUCUUCCUUUUGGUAGGCUUAAGAUCUUGGAGCUCCGGGGCUGUGAUUUGUCCACUUCCGCUGCCAAGGGUUUGCUCGAGCUCAGACACACCCUGGAGAAGAUCAUCUGCCACAAUUCCACUGAUGCUCUGCGACAUGUUUUUGCCAGUAGAAUUGCCGAGAUUAAGGAUUCGGCUCAGUGGAAUAAGCUGGCAUUUGUUUCAUGUGCUUGUAAUCGUCUGCUGCUUAUGGACGAAUCCUUGCAGCUUCUCCCGGUUGUUGAGUCGCUUGAUCUGAGUAGAAACAAGUUUACAAAGGUGGAUAGCCUUCGGAGGUGUACCAAAUUGAAGCACCUUGAUCUGGGUUUCAAUAAUCUGAGAACUAUUUCUCAUUUGAGUGAGGUAUCCUGUCGAAUAGUUAAACUUGUUUUGAGGAACAACGGUCUAACCACCUUACGUGGGAUUGAGAAUUUGAAGUCACUUGAAGGCCUUGAUGUUUCCUGCAAUAUUAUUUCCAACUUUUCAGAAUUGGAGUUUCUUGGCAGCCUUUCAGUGCUGAAAGAUCUGUGGUUGGAAGGGAAUCCAUUAUGUUGCUCACGAUGGUACAGGGCACAUGUCUUCAGCUACUUUGCUUCUCCAAAUGAUCUGAAGCUAGAUGGCAAACUUAUUGGCACCAGAGAAUUUUGGAAGAGGCAAAUAAUAGUUGCCCGUAAACAUAGACAGCCUGCCAGCUAUGGGUUCUACUCUCCUGCUAGAGAUGAUGCUGAAGAUGAGGGAAGUGGUAAUAGAAAGAAGAAAAAGGUUUGUCGACUCGCUUCUAUUGACAGUGAGGAAGAGAGCACCUACAUCAGUUCUGACCAAGAGUCGUUGUCAGGUGAUCUUGAGACUCAAAGCAAAGAGGAGAACGCCAAAUCUGACAAUGAAUCUGAUAUUUUUGAUCUAAUAAAAAAAGUGGAACAUCUGAAGAAAGAACGUUCUGUUCUCUGGUUGAGAGAGUUUAAGGAGUGGAUGGAUCAUUCAUCGGAGGGUUUCUCUGAUGUCAGCAAUGAUAACUGGGGUAUUGAUUGGGAGAAAAGACAUUAUUCAAAGAUUCGAAAAAGCCUUGGACAUCAUGGUGAAACAUCGAGAUAUGCAUUUGGGUCUGUACGAGAUUCAAGAGAUAAGAUCAAGACAGAAAGUUUGGAGGAAAAUUGUUCAUGUGUGGAUCAGCCAAUCGGUAUACACGAUGUUAAAUGUGUUAAUGGUACGGAAAUACGGAAGACAGUUGGUGAUGUCUCUUCAUUAGGCACAUUGAACACAUACUUAAAUCGGAAGCAUCAGAAAUUUUUACAUGAGGAGAUGGGCACUGUGUCAGUUGAACCAAACGAGCUGCAUCCUGAAACGUCUGCAACUCAGAAGCCAACUGGAAAUGGGAACAUGUCAACAUUGGAAUCAAUCCAGGAUAUGGCAGGAUCACUUUUAUCCUCUACCUUCCUUGGUUCACCCCCUCAUUAUCGGAAGGAUGUAUUACAUCGACGUCACAACCUAGUGGAAGAAAUUUUGCAGCUGUCAGCAGAUUCUUAUUCAGUGGCAUCAUCUGAUAGUACAAGCAGCUGCAGUGAAGACGAGUUCUAUGAUUCUGAGCAGUCAAAUCCUGAAGAGGGUCAGUUAGCAAACCAGGAAUUUCUAAAUAGCACAGGAGAACAGCCUCUGUCAGGAGUCUCUAAGGACUAUGUGAAUCGACUAGGAGAGGAGGAUGCAGGAUCUGCCCAAAAAGGGACAUUUUCAUCUUAUUCUCAAGCAGAGGAUAAUAUUAGCAUCGUAAAGACUUGGAGGACAGAUGAAUCAUCGAAAGCAGAGGCCACUAAUUUUCAUUCUGGAUUCCAUAAUGUUGAUCUUGCUUCUUGCAUUAACCAGAUUGACAGUUGGUUUGAGAAAAGGAAAAGCAGAAGGAAACUUAGAAAGAGAGUUGUUUCUUUACUGGAGGAGGAUAGUGUAGUUACUAAUGGAGAAACAUCUAAAAAAAGUGAAGUAAAUAUCAGUGGCUCUGACAAAGAUGAGAGUAUUUCUGAUCAUUUACAAGAAAGUUCCCUGGCUACCGCUUUAAAUUGUAGUAAUAGCGAUAAGAGAUUUUUGGGGGCUGAACAAUCACUUGAAGAAAAAGAUGAUCUAGUCGAUGACUAUUUUAAAAUGAAGCUGUCAGACUCCAGCAUUCAGGAGACUUGUCAGCUUUACUUGCAUUGUGAUUGUAUACUAGAGCGAGAUUCCACUUACGAGCUGAGGGAGGUUAUGUUGUUGUGGAGUGGUCCAGACAAGUUGUAUGUGCUGCUUGUGGAUAUCUCUAUUGACUCGCCAGAAAGCAGCUUACGUUUAUUGUCUUCGCUUAAAAUCGAGGAUAUACAGAACGUUUCAGUUGGUCUAGGACUUCAAGUUGUGAGGCUACAUUUUAGGGAGGAUACCAAGUAUAUCUUCAUAACUAAAAGCAUCGAGAAGACAACAACAUUACUCACUAUCGUACAAGUUUUUGAUUCUCAAGGGGUUGAUAUCUCUAUUGGAAGUUUGGAGCAUGUUCAGGUGGAAUUGUUUGAGAAAGAAAUAUGUGGGGGUUUGAAUCUGAACAUAUUUCAAUACAAUGUUCUCCAUUUUCAGAGCAGCACUCUUGGAGAAGGCGUGUGGCUGCUGCGGUCAAUUUUUGUGGCCGGUAGACAUCUUUUCAUAUGCAUUGAAGACUUCACGCAACUGAGCUCUCUGUCAGUAAAUGCUGCUUCUGCUCCAUAUUUCUCACUCGACUCUUGCUGCUCCAUUUCUGAUGUAUCUGAGAUGGUGGUGAUGGAAUCUAAAAGAAGAAGUUCAUGCUUAGAAUUGAAGAUCAAGCAGAGGCACACCAGACAAAAGAGUGAAGCUGAUUCAGUGAUAUGGAAGCUCAAGUGGUUCAACGCUGAGGAUGCACUCAAGUUUGUGGCUCUACUCAAAGCCCUUCACCAAGAUUUGACGGAAGAACCUUUGCUCAUUAGGCAACUCGGGUAGAAGAUAAGGUGUGUUCAUCCUCUUUAGCCCCCCUCAUUCUAUGUGCAAAUGUAUAUUCUCUACAUCCAUAUAUAUAUAUAUAUACAUAUAGUUCGUAUUCCAUUAAUUUGAUUCUUUUUUAUCCCCUUGGUUUUGAUCAUCUUGCUAAAGUGGUUGUUGGUCUGUUUUGGGUUUGGGAUAUUCUUUGAUUUGGGUGCAUUGUUGGUAGAAACAUGAGAUUUGAAAUGUACAUAGGAUGUAACAUAUAUGUAUGAGAAGCAGUUGGAAUGGAAAUAACCCCCCCGCUUUCUGCGUUUA